AUGCUGCACAUCUUCCGCUCCAUCCCCACGCAGAUGGACUACAAGGGCCAAAAAUUAGCAGAACAGAUUUUUCAAGGAAUCAUUCUUGUCUCUGCAAUAAUUGGUUUCAUCUAUGGAUACAUCACUGAACAGUUUGGAUGGACUGUCUACAUAGUUAUGGCUGGAUUUGCUUUAUCCUGUUUGCUAACACUCCCUCCGUGGCCUAUGUACCGCCGUAAUCCACUGAAGUGGCUACCUGUCCAAGAGUUGGGAACAGAAGAAAAGAAACCAGCAGACAGAAAGCCAAAGAGACAUGCUAAAAGCUAA